GUUUAAUUUUCAUUUUUCUGAUAAAAAUGACUUUCCAUUCUCUCAAAACUUCAAUUCGAGCAUGCCACACCAUUAAUACACGCAAUUGCACUAGAAAAGUUUCCCACGCCGAGAUUUAGCUAUAAAAUCAGAGGGAAAACUGAGAGUCACUAGUUGAAAAAAAUUGAAAUUUUGUUUUCAAACAAUGAGAUCUUCUAAUACCCUGGUUCUUCUUCUGCUUGUUUCGGCAAUAGCCAUAGUAAUUCAUCCAUAUUUCGUUGCACCCCAAGGGGGCUUGUCUCCGGAAUUUAUAAGGUGGCAUGUCUACGUUGUCAAUGGAUUGAGCAAUAACACCACUUUGUUUCUCCAUUGCAAGUCUAAAGACGAUGAUCUAGGCGUCCAGAAUCUGUCUGCAGGAACAAAUUUCACUUGGAGUUUUCAGCAAAAUAUAUUUCGCCGAACGCUUUUCUGGUGCUACGUGAGCAAGGACGACAAUGCUCAUGCUGCGUUCAAGGUGUUCUGGCAAGAUGUGCUUCUCUUUCACAAGUGUUCAUGGAAGAAUUGCAUUUGGACUGCUAAGGAUGAUGGCAUAUACAUAAAAGAUCUUGCCAGAGAUUUGGAUGAGUUUCGUGGGAAAUGGGAACCAUGACUACUUCAAGAUUGAAUUAAUCCCACUACUAUCUUAGGAUUUCUUAUGAUAUUGCUUCCAUCAAAAAAUUAUAAUAAACAGGAUCCGUUAGAUCCACCAAGUGUCUUUCAUCCUCCUUAUUUGAUUAAUUAGGCAAAAUGCAUGUAUUCAAGUAACCAGUCAAACUCACUAACAUGAGUACUUUGGCUGGGGUUGUGCACCUG